CACACAGCUCUGCCUCUGCUAGCACGUACAGACCGUAGGCACCACCACCAGGGUAUUCAGCUCCCAGUCUGCAAGCAGCAUGGCUCCCCCUUUCCCAGGCUGGUUUUCCCUCUUGUUCCCAGCCAGGGCCCCCAUCUCUCUGCUGUUGCUCCUCCUGUUUCUGGUCCCCUCCCACCCUUACAGCAUGUUGGGAAGUGAGAGGGAUUCAUCUGAAGAGGAAGGAGAUCCCCCUGGGGCAGCGGAUAUACACCAAGAGGAGAAGCCACCUGGAGAAGAGGAGCUUUCCAGUGAGGAAGAUUCACCUGGACCGGGUGAGCCAUCCAAGGAAGAGGAUACACCCAGGGAGGAGGUCCCACUCAGGGAAGAGGAUCCGCCCAGAAAGGAGGAUCCACCCAUUGUGGAGGAUUCUCCAGUCCCUGAAGAUAAUCUUGGUACCCACAAGAACAUCCCAGAAAAGAAAGGUGAUGACCAUCAACACUGGGGCUAUGGAGGCGGCCCCCUCUGGCCCCGGGUCUCCCGAGCCUGCGGGGGACACCUUCAAUCGCCAGUGGACAUCCGGCCGGAAUCCACUCAUUUCAGGCGUGACCUGGUGCCUCCCCAGCUCCACGGCUACUCCCUCUCCUCGGAUCAGUCUCUAAAGCUGCAGAACAACGGCCACACAGUGCAGCUAAUACUGCCCCCGGGACUGUGGAUGACAUUGGGCGAGGGGACAGAGUACCGGGCCCUGCAGCUACAUCUACACUGGGGGGCACCGGGGGUGCCUGGCUCAGAGCACACCGUCGGUGGUCACCGGUUUCCAGCUGAGAUUCAUGUAGUUCAUCUCAACACCCGAUUUGACACGUUCAGAGAAGCCUUGGGGCAGCCUGGGGGCCUAGCUGUGCUGGCUGCCUUCCUUCAGGAGGGCCCAGAGGAGAAUGAUGCCUAUGAACAGCUACUGUCACGUCUUGGGACAAUCGAUGAGGAAGAUUCAGAGACCUGGGUCCCGGGGCUAGAUGUGUCUGCGCUCCUGCCUCAAAACCUCCACCGAUAUUUCCGCUAUAAAGGGUCUCUGACUACACCCCCCUGCUCCCAGGGGGUCAUCUGGACAGUGUUCAACCAGACCGUGUUUCUGAGUGCUGAGCAGCUCCAGAUUCUGUCUGGAUCCCUUCGGGGCCCUAUGGGUUCCCGGCUCCAACGAAACUUCCGGUUAACCCAGCCUCUGAAUGGGCGAAUGAUUGAGGCCUCCUUCCCUACUUCCACCUUUGCCAGCAGCGCGCCGCCAAACUCUAGGGCCCCAGCUGCUGAGCCAGUGCAUAAGAGCUCCUGCCUGAGUGUUGGUGACGUCCUGGCCCUGGUCUUUGGACUUCUCUUUGCUGUCACAAGUGUGGCCUUCCUUCUAUACGUGAAACAUCAAAAGAGGCCAAGGAGUGUUGCCAAAGAGAAUAUCAUCUACCACCCUACAGAGAUUACGGAGACAGCCACCUAGCCAGGGCUGAAGAUUGAGAGAUUGAUCCCAGAGUCCCAAAGAACUGGGGAUGGGGAUGAGCUCUUCCCCAGCAAUCCCCCUAUAUUUUUUUAAAUAAACACUUCUAACAAAAUGU